AGAAAUUUGCAGUAGAGGCAACAAGGUGGUCUAGUUAUACUACACUCCAGUGGGCAUGCUGACAAUGUUUGUGUAAACAAACCCGGUUGAAUUACACAUGUACGGUUUGUCAGUACAGAGUUUCUGUUGUUAUUUUCUGUGGUAAUACUUUAGCAAUGGACAUAAAGAGCACUGAGGAGAAACAUGAAACUGGAAACUCAAACUGUCUCAAAGAUGUCCGCAUCAUCCUCCUAGGCAGAAAAUGGACUGGUGUAAAUCAGGCUGGAAACACCAUUCUUGGAUGGGAUGGCUUUGACUCUGAAGAAGAGACUGCAGGGAACAAAGUGAGACAUGGGGAGGUGGCAGGGAGAUGGAGGGUGACGGUGGUAAAGACACCUGGAUGGUGGAAGACACUCAACCCUAUUGAGACUAGGGAGCUAACAAAGAUGGGGAUAAUCCACAGUGUGUCUCUGUGUGCUCCUGGACCACAUGCCCUCCUGCUGGUCAUAGAUAUGGAUGACAUACUAGAGGAGAAGAGUGGGAGGGUCAUAGAAGAACACCUGGAGAUUCUGGGAAAUGGCGUGUGGAAUCACACCAUAGUGCUCCUGAAUUAUGGCAUCUGGCAGGACAGUUUCACCAGCGUUGGAGAGUACACGGACAAGAGAGGAAAGGUCCUUGGUGGGAUUAUAAAGAAAUGUGGAAGAAGAUACUACCUCCUCAACAGUCAGAAUAGAAGCUCAAAAACACAGGUGGUGGAGCUGCUGAAUAAGAUUGAGAAAAUGGUGGCUGCAAAUGGUGGUAACCUAUUUGAACUGGAUGCCAAUAUUGCACAAGAUGUGGAGAGCAAAAUAAAAGAUGUGGAUGAAAAAGCAAAACAAAGAGAGAUCAGUGUCCAAAUGGAGAGGAAUUCUCUCAGAGAGACGUACAAAGGUGAGACCUACCAUCUGGAAGAGAUCAGGCUGCUGCUGAUGGGCUGCAUCCUCUCUGGGAAAACACGAAUAGGAGACACCAUACUGUGUGUCCCAGAGAACACCCAAUAUUGUAAAGAGACAAGAAGAACAUACAAAAGUGUGGAGAGACAAACCCAGAUGGGCCGAUGGACCGUCCGGCUGGUAGACACCCCCGGCUGGUUUAUGUUCAGCUCCUUGACAGAGACCCCGGAGAUGGUAAAGCAGGAGAUAGCAGAUGGUGUUUUGCUCUGUGCCCCAGGACCCCACGCCAUCAUCCUGACAGUCUGUGCUAGCAUCGCUUUCACCGAAGCCCAUCUAAGGUCCAUCAGGGAACACAUGAGCCUUUUGGGCGCUGAUGUUUGGAGACACACUAUUGUGCUGUUCACUUGGUGUGACACCAUUGGUGAAACCACAGUGGAGCAGUUUAUAGAAAGUGAAGGCCGAGCCCUCCAGUGGCUGCUGAGGAAAUGCGGCAACAGGUACCACAGCUUCAACGUCCAAAAAGCCAAUGAAACAACUCAAGUUGAGGAACUUCUGGAGAAGAUCGAAUGGAUGGCGGCCAAAAACAGUCUCUUCUGUUCCAAUGUUAUAGAGACAGAGGAGUGGGAAGAAGAGGGCACUGUUACACAGAACACACCAGCCAGGGAGUCUCUCACUGUGAUGCUUGAUGAGGUACUAAAGAGGAGGGAUGAAGAGUUUUUGGAAAACAUCAGGAGGAUACUGAUGGAGCCAAGGACACCAAUGAGUAUGGAGGACCCGUUGACCAUGUCACUGGAUGAAGAGCACACAUGCAACAAGAAGAAGCUCUCUAUUUGGCUGAGACAGCAGCAGGGAGGGAAUGAAGAUACAUCUGAAUAUGAAUCUGGUGAUUUUGCCGAGUAAAGAAUGAAAUGAAUCAGGGAAUGUCUCUGUAUAGUUUUACACUCACUCUGGAGACACUACUACAGACAUCUUUACAAGAUGCCUUGGGCUAUAUUGUGUUAUAAUAUCAGUUACAGAAAACUGUAUAAUGGUGUAUUUUUGUUCCGCAUUACUUACUAUAUUUUUUUCUAUAUUUAAUGGUUGAAAUGUAUGAUUUAUACUGUAUUGUAAACAUGGCAAGGUCAUUCUGUUUGUGAAUCUGUAAGGGAUGAAGCAGUUACAGAGAGAUGUCAUUCCCCUUGGAAAUAUAAAUGUGUCAUGUUUGUGGCUUGUGUAAAAUAAAUUUUCCUUUUAAAAACUGAUGAGCUUUAGUAACUGGUGUCAGAACUUCCUCUUUGAGGAUUUGACGUUCCAACUGAGUAAACUGAGAGAUGAAUGCAUGUGGAUAUCACUCCAACUGCUGUACAGUUUUUCUGUGCCACCUACUAAGUUAUGUUGCUUUGGUUUAAAUAUUACCACGAUAAAGCUGGUUUCUUGUGUAAAUGACGUCAACUGCAAGUAGCCUCUCUAUUUAUACUAUAUUUGGCUACAAGAGUGAUAACUCUUGAUUUGCAUAGUUCCAGCUCAGCCAACUGGGGCAGUCAGAGGUCACAGAAGCCUUAAUGUGCAUUAGCUCAGCUGCUCAGACAGG